AUGAGUAAGCGCCCGCGGUACCACCCUUGCAUCGUGGGCAGACGCGCGGACGGUGACACGAACACCACGGCGCUCCGAGCGUGCUGCCCAUUUUACCUGAAGAUUCGACACGAAAAGAUCGCAGUAGUGCAGCAGCAGAAGAAGCAAAACGACGAUGGAGAAGCAGCAGCACAGAAGCUAUGCCAGCUGCAUGGGUGGGCGAGAGGAGCGGCGUCGUUCGGGCCGUGCCACCGAUUGAUGUGCCGAUGUGCCGGGAGCUUGCGAAUUUGAAAAAAGGUUUCCAUACGUUCGCGAGGCGCUGCGACAGUGUGGAGAGUAUGCCUCUUUCCUAUUCUGCGAAGACCCCUUCUAACUGCUAUAUGCUAUAUGCUAAUAUGCAACAUGGCAUGACAAUAACAAUAAACCAUUGGAUGCUGACAGAGAAGCGCAGAGCUACGCGAGCCUACCCGUGGUUUUCAACUUAUGCAAUGUAUGCAGGCGUGCAUGGAGCAACCCAGGGACAAUAUUUUCCGCCCCUUUUCCGCCCCACUUUCAUGACGCUCGCACACGACACCCGGGGUGGAGCCCGCUGUCGUACUCGCAGGGCAGGACCACACCAUCAAAAGGGUGGUUAUUUGCCAGGACACCGCGGGAUUUAUUCACGGCUGAAUUGAUGUCUUCAACGCGGGGGAAAGAUACGGGGGAUUCAAGGAAACGAGCGCAUGCCACGUCCAGCUCGAGCCAUGUUCCAGUUGAGAGCAGUCGCGGCGCUCCGAGACAACGGGGAACUUCGGCCGGCCGGACUACGCGCGCAAGAACGGCCUCGACAAGAUGGUGGGCUACAUCAGAUCGGCCGACGAUUCGAAACUAGAACAACUCAUGGACAUCCUGCGGUUUCUCGACGCGUGGCGGGCCUCGCAGGAGGCUAGACCGACGCUGGGCGACGGCGCCCGGAAGGCGCACUUCACCACCGACCACUCGUGGACCGACAUCCGGGUGUGCAUCCUCGGCGCCGUCAGCAUGUGUCGAUACCUGUUCGAGAAAGACUCGAGGUUCAAGAUCUCCCGGCUGAGCGAUGUUCCCCACUUCAUCAACCUUCGCUAUAUAGGC